CGUUGCAGAGAGAAGAUAAACAUGGCGUCCGGACAGCAAUGGGUGUUGGUGGAAAUGGUUCAAGCAUUUUACGAGGCUCCGGCUUAUCACCUCAUCCUGGAGGGGAUCCUCAUACUGUGGAUCAUCAGGCUUCUGUUCUCUAAGACCUAUAAACUUCACGAGACCUAUAAGCUGACGGAGAAGGAGAAGGAGGACCUCAUUGAGGAGUGGCAGCCGGAUCCUCUCGUUCCUCCUGUUUCCAAAGACCAUCCUUCCCUCAGUUAUGAUGUUGUCACAGGACCGCCCAGCCACAAAAUCACCAUCAAUGGAAAAGAGUGCAUUAACUUUGCUUCAUUUAACUUCCUGGGUCUGCUGGACAAUGAGCGGGUUAAGCAAAAAGCUUUGGCAUCACUGAAGAAAUACGGUGUGGGAACAUGUGGUCCCAGGGGCUUCUAUGGAACCUUUGAUGUUCACCUGGAGCUGGAGAGUCGUCUGGCCAAAUUCAUGAAAACAGAAGAAGCCAUCAUCUAUUCGUACGGCUUUGCGACCAUCGCCAGUGCAAUCCCCGCCUACUCCAAGAGGGGGGACAUCAUCUUUGUGGACGAAGCGGCCUGCUUCUCCAUCCAGAAGGGUCUUCAGGCGUCCCGCAGCUUCAUCAAAUACUUCAAACACAAUGACAUGGAGGAUCUGGAGAGGAUGCUCAAAGAGCAGGAGCUGGAGGACCAGAAGAAUCCUCGUAAAGCCCGAGUGACCCGGAAGUUUAUUGUUGUGGAGGGUCUGUACAUCAACACUGCGGACAUCUGUCCUCUGCCUGAACUGGUUACGCUGAAGUACAAGUACAAGGUGCGGAUCUUUCUGGAGGAGAGCAUGUCGUUUGGUGUGCUGGGAGAACACGGCCGAGGAGUCACGGAACACUUUGGGGUCAACAUCGAUGACAUUGACCUGAUCAGCGCCAACAUGGAGAACGCCGUGGCGUCCAUCGGAGGCUUCUGCUGCGGACGCUCCUUUGUCAUCGACCACCAGCGGCUCUCAGGUCAGGGCUACUGCUUCUCUGCCUCCCUGCCUCCCAUGCUGGCUGCCGCCGCCAUCGAGGCCCUCAACAUCAUGGAGGAGGAUCCAGAAAUUUUCACUGUCCUGAGGGGAAAGUGCAAACACGUGCACAAGGCUUUACAGGGCAUUCCAGGUCUGAAGUUAGUUGGAGUGCAGUCUGCCCCGGCUCUUCACUUACAGCUGGAGAGAAGUUCCGGCUCCAGAGACUCUGACAUGCAGCUGCUCCGCACCAUUGUAGAAUAUUGUCUGGAGAGGCGUGUGGCUCUGACUCUCGCCCGCUACCUGGAGAAAGAGGAGCGCUUCCUCCCCUCCCCCAGCAUCAGGGUGGUGGUCACCGUGGAGCAGACGGAGGAGGACGUCCACAAUGCCGUGUCUUGUAUCCAGGAGGCGGCUUCGGCUGUCCUCAAAUGAACAAGUGUUGUUCACUGCUGAAACUUAGGCAGGCGUCACUGGAGCUUCAGAGGACCGGGUAGGACAUCACUGUGAGGAGGGGGGGAGGGGGGGGGGGGCACUCCGGACCACAGACUGUGAGCCCUACACACUGAACGUGUCUUCACGAAGGUCUUCACUGAUAAAACACUCCUUAUGUCUUCUAGCCUCACUUCUGUUUGCCUCCUAACUCUUUGCCUCUCUGCUUGUUGUCAGUCGCCAUGCGUCAUAAUCAUACUACAUAUACCACGUGCUGCAUGGUGUUAUGAAUAUGAGAGUGGGUCUUCAGCAGGAUUCUUUGCAGUUGACUUCCUGCUGUGAGAAAAAACCACUACAGUGAGAGUUGGGCUUCAUCUCGACAGACCAAGUGACUUGUUUCUUUUUCUGUACUGACCAAAGAGGACACGUUUAUCUCAUUGUUUGAUUUAAUAUAUUUGUCAUGAAGUGUACAAACGGUUUGUGAUUUUAUAUUCCACAAAUAGACAGUUUUAACCUGAGGUUUCUUCUUUUCUUUUCUUUUUUUGUCCUUUUGAUUUUUAGUCGAUGUUACUUCUCUUUUGUUGGAGGUCAUUGCAUUCUGACAACUUUACUUUAAAUAUAUCUGCUUUAAAAUGA